GGUGCUGAUGCGAGGCUCCCCUUUUAAGCGCAUAGACCACGCCCCACGCCUGCUAAAAAGCAGCCAUCCGCCAGCGCCGCAAAGGCUGCCCGCCCGCCCGUCCGUCCCUGCUGCCUCUCACCUUCAGCUGGACCUUACCCUCGGAGUACUUCGACAUUAAAAAAACAACCUAUUUAAAAGAUAUCUAUAUAUAUUUCAGCUGCCUGGAACGCUAAGUUAAUUGAAUAUAUAUACACAGUAGUUCAGGGGAGUAUCAAGCAAAAAUAGCAUAUUAUUAACGCUUAUUUCUAUUGGUUGAUUUUGAAGAGGAAAAAAAACACAAUGGCCGAUGCUACCGCAGAAUGCAACAUCAAAGUGCUGUGUCGCUUUCGUCCUCUAAAUCAAUCCGAAAUUAUCCGUGGGGACAAGUUCAUCCCUAAAUUUCAGGCAGACGACACCGUAAUCGUUGGGGGAAAGCCCUACGUGUUUGACCGGGUGUUUCCGUGCAACACCACGCAGGAACAGGUGUACAACACCUGCGCCAAGCAGAUUGUCAAAGAUGUCCUGGGAGGGUAUAAUGGCACGAUCUUUGCUUAUGGACAGACUUCUUCAGGAAAGACCCACACUAUGGAGGGAAAACUGCAUGACCAGCAAGAAAUGGGAAUCAUUCCUCGGAUCGCUGAGGACAUUUUCAAUCAUAUCUUUACCAUGGAUGAAAACCUGGAAUUCCACAUCAAGGUCUCUUAUUUUGAAAUCUACAUGGACAAAAUCCGUGACCUUCUGGAUGUAACCAAGACCAACCUGGCUGUUCAUGAGGAUAAGAACAGGGUUCCCUUUGUUAAGGGCUGUACUGAGCGGUUUGUGUCCAGCCCAGAGGAAGUAAUGGAUGUGAUUGAUGAGGGGAAGGCCAAUCGGCAUGUGGCUGUCACCAACAUGAAUGAGCACAGCUCCCGCAGUCACAGCAUCUUCCUGAUCAACAUCAAGCAGGAGCACAUCGAGACGGAGCAGAAGCUCAGCGGCAAGCUGUACCUGGUGGACCUGGCUGGCAGUGAGAAGGUCAGUAAGACGGGUGCCGAGGGGGCUGUCCUGGAUGAAGCCAAAAACAUUAACAAGUCCCUGUCUGCUUUGGGUAACGUCAUCUCUGCCCUGGCUGAGGGGACGAAGAGCCAUGUGCCGUACCGCGACAGCAAGAUGACGCGGAUCCUGCAGGAUUCGCUGGGCGGUAACUGCCGCACCACCAUGUUCAUCUGCUGCUCGCCGUCCAGCUUCAACGACGCCGAGACCAAGUCCACCCUCAUGUUCGGCCAGCGCGCCAAGACCAUCAGGAACACGGCGUCUGUGAACCUGGAGCUGACGGCUGAGCAGUGGAAGAGGAAGUACGAGAAGGAGAAGGAGAAGAACAAGACUAUGAAGGAGACCAUCCAGAAACUGGAGGCUGAGCUGAACCGCUGGCGCAAUGGUGAGAAUGUUCCGGAAACGGAGCAGCUGACCCCAGGGACGGUGAGGCUGGAGCCCGCCGAGGAGCCCCCCCUGGACAAUGGCACCUCCUCCAUCGUGGUCCGCAUCUCUGCCGAGGAGCGUCAGAAGUAUGAAGAGGAGAUACGGAAGCUCUACAAGCAGCUCGAUGACAAAGACGAUGAGAUCAACCAGCAGAGUCAGCUCAUCGAGAAACUGAAGGAGCAGAUGCUGGACCAAGAAGAGCUCCUGGCCUCCACGCGUGGCGAUAGCGAGAAGGUCCAGACGGAGCUGGGCCGCCUGCAGAUGGAGAGCGACUGCGCCAAGGCGGAGGUGAAGGAGGUGCUGCAGGCCCUGGAGGAGCUGGCCGUCAACUAUGACCAAAAGAGCCAGGAGGUGGAAGACAAGAGCCUGCAGAACAAGCUACUGGCUGAAGAGCUGUCCCAGAAAAUGUCCCACCUGAUGACGAUCGAGUCCGAGCUGGCACGCAUGCAGGAGGUGAGCGGGCAGCAGCGCAAGCGCAUCGCCGAGGUGCUCAACGGCCUUAUGCGUGACCUCAGCGAGUUCAGCACCAUUGUGGGCAACGGCGAAAUCAAGCUGCCUGUGGAGAUCAGCGGUGCUAUCGAGGAGGAGUUCACGGUGGCCCGGCUCUACAUCAGCAAGAUCAAGUCGGAGGUGAAGUCCAUGGUGAAGCGCUGCCGGCAGCUGGAGAGCUUACAGCUGGAGUGCCACCGCAAGAUGGAGGAGACUGGCCGGGAGCUCUCCUCCUGUCAGCUGCUCAUCUCGCAGCAUGAGGCGAAGAUCCGCUCAUUGACGGAGUACAUGCAGAACGUGGAGCUGAAGAAGAGGCAGUUGGAGGACAACUACGACAGCCUGAGUGAAGAGCUGGCCAAGCUGCAGGCCCAGGAGUCUGUGCAGGAGGUGAUGCUGAAGGAGAACGACAGAUCUGUGGAGGAGCCUGCCGAUGUCAAGAUGGAGUCACACCGCGAAUCGCACCACAAGCAGUUGGGCCGCCUGCGGGACGAGAUCAACGAGAAGCAGAAGAUCAUCGACGACCUCACCGACCGCAACCAGAAGCUGCAGCUGGAGCUCGAACAGCUGCGUGCCGAAUUUGACCGGCUGAAGAGCCGGGAACAGCACAAGAGUGUGCAGCUGGAGGAGCUGACAUUUCUUCACGAGCGCCAUGAGCAAUCCAGGCAGGAUCUUAAAGGGCUCGAGGAGACAGUGGCCCGUGAACUCCAGACCCUCCACAACCUGCGCAAGCUUUUUGUUCAAGACCUUACGACUCGAGUCAAAAGAAGUUCAGAGAUGGAACCUGAUGAUAGUGGCGGGUCUACCACCCAGAAGCAGAAGAUUUCCUUUCUUGAGAACAACCUGGACCAGCUUACAAAGGUUCACAAACAGCUGGUACGUGACAAUGCAGAUCUGCGUUGUGAGCUUCCUAAACUGGAAAAACGUCUUCGGUCUACGGCUGAGAGGGUUAAGGCCCUGGAGGGAGCACUGAAGGAGGCCAAGGAGGGCGCCAUGAAGGACCGGCGCCGCUACCAGCAGGAGGUGGAGCGCAUCAAGGACGUCAUGCGGGCCAAGCACCCGCUGCGACGGCCCAACGUGCAGAUCGCCAAACCCAUCCGGCCUGGGCAUUAUCCGGCCUCCUCCCCAACCAACCCGAUGUUCAUGCGCAGCAGUGACCAUCCCAUCACCUUCAGCAACGUGCUCUUCCAGAGCCAAACCCAGCCCGCGGCCCCCCACUGCAGCCCCCCUCCGGCCCAGAACACCAUGGACAGUGUCCCCGCUCCGCGUUUGCCCACACUGCCGGCGGAGGUGAGCCGCCCCAUGCUGAAUACCACAGAGGCUAUCAGCUCCUACCAGCUCAACGUGGACAACGGAAAUACGACAGAUAUCAAUGAUAACAGAAGCGAGGUACCCUGCGGGAUUGAAGCUGAGGACCCGGCUAAGCUGUACGUCGUCCAGCAGGAGACCGCCGCCAGCUAAUGGCGCGGAGCAGGCACCCAUUCGUUCCAGAAUUUUCCCAUAAUUCCGCAUGCCGCUUAUUUGCUUCCCCCCUGACCUUGACAUUGGCAGACUCCCCCCCCCACCCCCCAGCACCCCAACCCUCAGACUCAUUUUCUCUAGUCUCUGUCCUCGGUAACCUGUUCUUAGUGACUCCUCUUCCCUUCACACUUAAUAUUUAGUAGGAAUCUUAAUGUACGCUUAGGCGCUGUGGCGAACGCGGUAGGUUAGCGCAGGUUGCUAACCCGUGCUCCCGUCCUCCCCCCGGCAGGGUGGGGGGGGUGGGGUGGGGGUGUAAGUGUGUGGUGGUAUUGAGUGCUAUGCGCUGAGGGAGAUGCCCUGACAUGGACCUGUGGGAUAUCUCAUGACCCCACCCUGUGUGAGGUUCCCUUUUCUGUUAAGUCUUCGUAGAACCGUGGCGUAGAUGCCAAGAACUCGAGGAGCAUGGCGACUGGGCCCAAAACGACAAACGCAAAAGGAACAUUAUUCAUCAUUAAUGAGGAGGUGGGCUUUUCUAUUUCAAGGAUGUGGCUCUUUUUCUAUCUGGAUAGACAUCAUUGAGAGCAGGAUGUAGCCCCGGCACUGGUACUGCUAUGCCAUCCUAAUCACUGCGCCCCAGGUCUUUGAACGCACCUGCGGGCAGCCACUGGCUGUUUCCCGCCCCCCCCCCAAUCCCGGGCCACUCACACACAUGUCCGGGGCUCCAUUACGCCUUAAUGUACGACAGCUAUUAACAUCCUCUCAGUUACAUGACGAUGAACCUUACAUAUACAUAUAUAUGUACAUAUGUGUAUAUACAUACUCAUUUAAGGCUGUUAGUAUCAUUGCCUGACGCUUAAAACAAUGACCUGAUAGGUUCACUGCUGUCCUACUGCAGAACAUGCAUUGUCCUAGUCAACUGGGCACUGAGAGGCUACUUUUGCUUUUUUGUGAUGAGUCUGACUUCAGCAGCAGUGAGGGACCCAUCAGUGUCAGCAGCCCCCUUGUGGAGCAGUGUAUCCCACCCUUGGUUGGCGUACUCCUCCUCUGGGGGCAGUUCGCCCUCCUACCUCCAGGGGGCAGUGUACCACAGGCUUGACUAUUAAUGCACACAUGCUUCCAACAGAAACUGCUUUGCUUCCCGGGCUGAUUUACAGUGACCGGCUGAAGCAGGGCUUGGCUGUAGGUGUUGCACUUAAAUGAACACUCACGCCCACUCAAUGCCUCUGCGUACUACUAUGAAUAUAUAUCAGCCAUGAAUUGAAAGUACCACCAUAGGAAGAAUCGGCUCUGCUUUUUUUUUGGUUUGUGUAUUUUAAUACAUAUAUACAUAUAUAAAUAUUUCUGAAUUGUAAUAUAUAUAUAUCUGGUUUGGGUUGGAUGGUUCUGUGUUGGUGUCUUACUGCCCCCAGCUAGUGUGUCUGUCUUAAGCUGUUACUUUACUGAUGUACACAGGAAGGACAAAAAUUACAGUAAUUAUGUAGCAACUAUUUUUAUACACUUCACUGUAUUUAAAUAUUGAUUUAUGUUUACGUGUCUUAUGGUUUUGCUGUAUUUAUUAUAUUGUAUUGCAUCCGUUGCUUUUAGUCUGACAGAAUUGUAUAUGUUUUAUUUUAUUUAACAAAAUGGGAUAUUUAUUUAUAAUAUUACAAAUGUUAAAUUAAAUAAAUAGAAUAUUGCACUGCUAGAUGGCAACAAAGACAGCAGUGAAGAGUAGCCCCCAAAGGAACAGGGAGAGCCCUAAAUACUUUAAAUAAAGAUUGUGUGUGUGUGUGUGUGUGUGUGAGUGUAUGUGCUUACAGUAUAGAGACGUGCAAGAGCUGAUCAAACCCUCGUCUGAAAGGGUGGGAAUUGGAUCUGGAAUGUCACUUUGGUCUGGACCAGCUGCUGCCUGGAUCUAGUUGCUCUUCCUAGCCAACCUUAUCACUUCCCGCUAUACCUUAUCCACCCACAAAGCUCCACCCCCUGCAGACUCCACCGGCCUCCUGAUCAGCCAAUCGGGAAGAGAGUCUGCCAGGGAAGGCUUGAGGGUGGGGAGGGUGGGGCUCGGAGGCAUCCACC